UGGACGACCUCGUUAUUCUCGUGAAACCCCUAGAGACCGAAACACGAUGGCAAACGAGAUGAAGUUGGCGUUCUGGAUCGGGGCCGGAUUGCUGAUCCUGAUCCUGGAGGUGGUCAAUGGCGCCGAGGAUUAUUGCGAUCCGCAUCUUUGCGAUCCCGGAGUGAAACACAUCGGCUGUGACAAUCCGAAUCAACUGGAUCCGAGCUGUGAGGAGGGUUUCGUCUACGAGAUGAACGACAAGCUGAAGAAACUGAUCGUGGACACCCACAACGACUACCGGAACCAGGUGGCCAAGGGAACGAUCAACUGGCUGCAGUCUUCCUCCAACAUGGUUGCUAUGGAUUGGGAUGACGAUCUAGCAUAUUUGGCCGAGUUGAACGUGAAAACGUGCAGCGGUGAUCACGACAAGUGUCACAACACCGUGGACUAUCCGUCCUCCGGACAGAAUAUUGCGUCAUGGGGAACGAGCGGAUCCGAGAUCGAUGUGGACAAAAAGCUGCCGGACCUGAUCUGGCAGUGGUGGGACGAACGGCACAAAUCGAAUCAGAGGCAGAUCAACAAACUGUUCGACAAGAAGAACACUCUACACUUCACGAUGCUGGCCCGGGACAAGGCUAAUCGAGUGGGCUGUGGUCUGAUCCGGAACAAACAGAACGGCUGGUACUGGCUGACGUUGACCUGUAACUAUGCGUACACCAACAUGAUCGGAACCCGGGUCUACAAGUCCGGAACGCCGUGUUCCGAGUGUAAAACCGGAUGUGACAAAAAGUGGGACGGUCUGUGUACCAAGGAUGAACCGGUUGAUUUGUAAGGCCGCAACGUGCUUGAAAGAAACCCUGGACGGAAAUAAAUGGGUGAUGGCCAAUGA